CCCACACAUUAAAAAACACAAACAAACCAAACCCCUUAUCCUUUGAUUCCUUUGCAAGACUAAGACCAUACACACACACACACACACUCUUUUGUGUAUGAAAAUAUUCAAUUAAAUUUAAAAGAAACCCAAAAGCUUUAAAAAAAAAGGAGAAAAAGAAAAUGUUGGCAAAAGAAUCAGCGGGUCCGAACUUCGAUCUUCCCGAGGAUGUGUUGGAAAUACUCCCAUCGGAUCCAUUUGAACAGCUAGAUGUUGCUCGUAAAAUCACCUCCAUUGCCCUGUCGACACGUGUAUCCGCCCUCGAAUCAGAGGCGUCUAUUCUCCGCCGCAAGCUCACCGAGAAGGACGACAUCAUCGCCGACCUCCACUCCCAGAUCGAUUCCCUCGACGCUUAUCGCUCCGACAUCUCCGAUCAACUCGCUCGAGCCGAGCAAGAGAAGGAGAGCUUGUUGAAAGAGAAUGCUUCGUUGUCAAAUACUGUGAAGAAGCUCAAUCGUGAUGUUGUCAAGUUGGAAAGCUUCAGAAAGACACUCAUGCGAUCACUUCAAGACGAGGAAGAAAAAACUGCAGGAGCACCUCAGGGUGUUGCCACGCAUAUACGAAGUCUUGAGAGUUUAUCUUCUCAGUCACAGACUGGAGAAGAUGAUGCUACAUUGCCACCUUCAAGAACUUCUUCAAUACGGAGCCAGGUCUCGGAGAUAGUAAAUUCACAUGCUGAGGAUUCUGAGGCUGAUGUCUCAAGGCCUCGCAUAUCACAAGGCCUGCUGUUAGCAUCCCAGGCUAGCACACCUCGGUUCACUCCUCCCGGCUCCCCUCCUAGUCUAUCAGCAUCUGUAUCUCCAACAAGGACGUCUAAGCCAGUGUCCCCAAGGCGACAGUCCAUCUUAUUUUCAACCACAAGAGGCAUGUUUGAUGACAGGUCUUCAAUGUUUUCUUCCACACCCUCAAGCCAGCACAAUUCAAUGUCAGGCUUGGAUACAGGAUCACAAUCUGGACGAACUCGGGUUGAUGGGAAAGAAUUUUUCCGCCAAGUCAGGACCCGUUUGUCUUACGAGCAGUUUGGUGCAUUUUUAGCAAAUGUCAAGGAAUUGAAUUCCCACAAGCAAACAAAAGAGGAAACUUUGCGGAAGGCAGAUGAGAUUUUUGGCCCAGACAACAAGGACCUUUAUACUAUUUUUGAAGGGUUGAUCACUCGUAACAUCCAUUGAAGCGACUAAUAAAGCUUGAAUUGUUCGUGAUCCAAGCAUUGAUUUCCAUGCUACAGUUUCUUCUCUCAGUUUUUGCUGUAAAUUUUUGGAGGGGUGCUUCUUCGAUUUGUAUUACUUUGCUAGUGCCAUUGAAAUAGAUUUGUCAUCAAAUGGUUUGCAAGAAUCUAUUACUACUGUUAGAUCUAUUUGGAUAUGUAAUGCAGCAGCCAUAUUAAUCCUUCCACUUUGCUCAUGAACUUGAAAUCUACGACUUCCAAUGAAUGAUAAUGUACAUUCUGUUUCAAAGUCGUUAUUAAAUAAAAGUCAUUUUGUC